GAUGACAUCUAAUGUCAAGUAACUGAAUAACUUUAAAAAUAAUACAAGAAAGAAGAGGCCUGGAGAUUUGUGGUAGUGAAAACUAAAAAAAAACAUUAAUAAAUGUAAUUUCGCCAGAUUUUCCUAAAUAUAAUUCCAACUUUCGAUGGAAAACUAAGUGCCGUUGUCAGAUGUGUCUUCCACAAGUGUUAUUUCAAUUUAAAGAAGAUCCGUCUGUAAUGAGUGAAGUAAAAUUUUUAUUCGUUUGAAAACAAGGUGUUCCAUUUCAUCAUUAGUUAUUGUUUAAUAAUAAUUAUUUUCGUCUAACAAACUACGUGCUUAAUAAAUUUACAAAAUCGGAAACGAUGCCUCUCUUUGGGAAGUCUCAGAAAGGUCCCGCAGAUGUCGUAAAAGCCCUUAAGGAAGCCGUUAAUUCUCUGGAAAAGGGCGAUAAGAAGGCCGAAAAGGCGCAAGAAGACGUGUCUAAAAAUCUUGUUUUAAUAAAGAACAUGCUGUAUGGUACUUCAGAUGCGGAGCCUCAAGCUGACAUCAUAGUGGCGCAAUUGGCCCAAGAACUUUACAAUAGUAAUCUGUUGUUACUUUUAAUACAAAACUUGAACCGGAUCGACUUCGAGGGCAAGAAGGAUGUAGCACAAGUGUUUAACAAUAUAUUAAGACGUCAAAUUGGUACGAGAUCGCCUACAGUAGAAUACAUCUGUACCAAACCUGAAAUAUUGUUUACACUAAUGACUGGAUAUGAACAUCAGGAAAUAGCAUUAAACUGUGGUACUAUGUUACGUGAAUGUGCUAGAUAUGAAGCAUUGGCUAAAAUAAUGUUAUAUUCAGAAGACUUUUAUAACUUUUUUCGAUAUGUUGAAGUUUCCACUUUUGAUAUAGCUUCAGAUGCAUUCUCUACUUUUAAGGAAUUAUUAACCAGACACAAAAUAUUAUGUGCUGACUUCUUAGAAACCAACUAUGAUAAGGUUUUUAACCACUACCAGAGACUGCUUAAUUCUGAGAACUAUGUGACUCGGCGUCAGAGUUUAAAGCUCCUUGGUGAAUUACUAUUGGAUAGGCACAAUUUUACAGUUAUGACCAGGUAUAUUUCAAAUCCUGACAAUCUGAAACUAAUGAUGAAUAUGCUUAAAGAGAGAUCCAGAAAUAUUCAGUUUGAAGCUUUCCAUGUAUUUAAGGUCUUUGUGGCCAAUCCCAACAAACCCAAACCGAUACUAGAUAUUUUAUUACGUAACCAAGAGAAACUUGUAGAAUUUCUGAUCAAAUUCCAUACGGAUCGAGCAGAAGACGAACAAUUCAACGACGAAAAGGCGUACCUAAUCAGGCAGAUAAAGGAGCUGAAACCCAUACCAGGCCACUAAUAAUCAUUUUUAAAAUAAUUAAUUACAAUUUAUUCAACUGUACUUGUCAAUAUUAUUUUAUUGCUACUCAUUUUUCAUUUGCAAAAGUCAACUAGAUAAUACGGCGGGCGUCUUAACUGGAAAGAGCGUAAAUAAUACUCGUAUCGUUGGUUUGCGAGAAUACCGAAGCAAUUUAAUUUUUUUUUAAAUACAGAAUGAUCCGAGAUCACUUAAUUUUAUCGUGAAAAAUGAUGUUCUCUAAACAAAAUUAGCGCCAUUAUUCAUUUGAGAGAAACAAUUCCAAUGUGUUGAUGUCAAAGAUCUAUUCACUAAAACACAGACGCGUUAUAUCGAGCGUUAUAUCGCAAUAAUUCGGGAUAUUCUUUUUAAAAAUUAGAAUUAUAAUUCAAGUUCUAUUUUUUAUAAUAUAAUGUUUGUUUUUAUGAAGUCCAGUUAAAUUUAGGCAACAAUGACGUAAGUUGCUUUUUUAUAAUUCAUAAAAUGGACUAUUUUUAAUUGUGUCGUUGUUCUUGCCAACUAACGAAAUGUAUGGUUUUAUAACGCGGUUUUUUUUUUUGUUAUUUUAAGGAGCUUUUACUAGUAAAUAUAAUAUUAUUUAAAAAAGUAUCGAUGUAGUAAAUAAAUUUUUUUUCUUUGUCAACAUUCUAAAAAUCUUUUAGUAUGUUAUUUGGAUCCCAUUAAAUCUGCAAUCGUACAACUAACCUCAAUAGCAGCCAUUAAAAAUGUCGUUACAAAUUGGCCGUUUAAGGGGGGUGACCGCUUAUGUGGGGAAUAAUUAAAAUAUAUUAUUUACAAUGUUUGAUCUCAAUAAAAUGGAGUAUUUACUUAUGUGUACUUAUAACAUAUUAUGUACUUGCACAAAGAAGAGAAAUUAUAUUUUUUAUUAAUAAGAAAAAGAUGUCUCUAUAGUAAAAGAGAAUUCCUAAUUAUUAUAUUCACAUCGUCCAUAUGUUUUUUGUUUUGAAGUCAAUUACAACUUUAUUAAUUAGUGAGAAAUUCUAGUUACACAGAUAAUUUCACGUAUAUAAUAAGCUCAAUACCGUACAACAAAAAAUUGUUCAAUUGAAGUCUGUUUUAAAUUAUUAAUUUUAAUUUUUGCUACUUCACCCUUACACUUUGUUACGAUGUUGAAAAUACAAGUGUCAAAUCACUAAUUCUUUAAAUUUCUAGCUAUGCAAAACCAAUAGCAAGUCCGUCUGUUUUUGACCAGCAUUAAAUCCUCCUUCUUUGACAAGUUGUUUCAAUUUUACUUUUUGAAAUAUCAUUUACUUUUCUGCUAACUUUCGUGCACGGGUAGUAAAUUUUUCAAUUUCUGCGAUGAUUUCCAAUUUUUUUUAAGAAAUAAAUGUUUACGCAUCAAAGACAUUGAUGAAUCUGUGUUGUUAAACUUUUAACAGAAUUUAUUUUAGCUCUUACAGAAACGUAAAUAAAUUCAACAAAUUCUGUAGUAAUUAAAAAGUUAUUUAUAUAAUUACCUUUAAUCUAUUGUAUAGAUACUUUGGGUAUUUCCAAUAAUACCUGCCCUCAACUUUUUGUGCCUUUUUGCUAUUUUUACCUGCAAAGGCGACGUGUCAAUGAAUUGCCUUUUUUACUCUCAUAAAUAAUGAAUUUUGAUAUUUAAAACAAUAAAAUACAUUCUUAUAAAGAGCGAAUUGUGCUUUUUAAAUCAAAAAUUACUUCUUUAUGAUUAUUCCUUAGAUAAACAACUUCAAACGAUCUUUCUUCCAACAUCAUUUUUACUUCCACUAUUUUAAUAUCGUUGAAUUAUCUAUAUCGCUUUCCUGUUUUAUUUCUAUACUUUCUUCUUCAACUAGUUUUUCCAAAUAGUCAUUUUCAUUACUAGUAAAAUCCUUUUCAUCGUCCUAACAUUCUUCAAAAACUUUUUUAAUUACUUUUUGAAUAUUAUUCUUGAACUUUUUCGUCUGUCUUUUGAAAUAUCCCAUUUCCACAUAAUUUUUCUUUUGGAAUUUCCAUCAAUAUUCUGAAUUUAGUAGUUAUAAAAAACCUUUUCACCUGGUGGUUAAAAUUAACUAAAACAUUACAGAAUAGACCCCUUAAGGUCUUAUGCCACGCAUCACGCAAUAAUUUGAAAUUAAAUAAAAUAAAGUAUUCUAUUACAUCUUCAAAGUUAAUAAAUUGUGACGAUACUGAACUAGAAAUUAUUACAGAAGGUGCUCUAAACAUUCUCCAUUUAGGUGCUAAAUAAAAACUAGACAUGACAAACUUCAUAUUUAAAAAGGCGUAUAGUGAUUUGAUUAAUAAUAUUUUGAGGAGCAUUCUGUUGGGGUAAAUCUUUGGGAUAUUUUUUUCUGUAACCAGUUUUGAGUGUACUUACUUUAUGAUUAAUUUUGUAUGCCGUCUAUGCUUAAUUUUCUGGGGGUAAAUAUUGGGGUAAUUUUGUUAAAAUUUGGAACAAACGGUGCUCGAAGAUGGAGAGUUUUUGGAAUAAAAAUUAUACAAAAUUAACUCAAAAUAAACAGAUGGUUACGUUUAGAUGUAUGAUAUUUAGAAAGGCUAUUAAAAUUUACAUUUUUUUUAUUAAUUAAGUUUCUAUUUGAGGUUUUUCAUUAUUAUCUGGCAUUCAAAUAGUAAAGCUAUUCCCUUUACCUUACAAAAAAUAUAUUGAAAAGAAUAAAAGGCAGUUCUUAAAACCAUUAUAAUAAAUAUUGAUGAAAUAAAGCUCUUUGGGUUAAUGUUCGCUUGGAACUAGUAAAACUUCUAUCGUUGAAAUCAAAUCAUCACAAAAAUUCCGAAUUAUAUGCACAAUUAUUACAUUUUAAACUAAAAAAUAAGGUUAGUGACGGUUCCACUCGGUUUUACCAUUUUUUAAUACUAAAAAAAAAAGAAAGUACAGGAAGCCUAAUAUUAACUAGACUUUGCAGCUUUAAUAGAUUUGUUCAAAAGACGCAAAAUAGACUUAUUUAUAAUAGCUUGAAGAAACCAGUUGGUUAAGUCAGAGGUUGGUAAUAUUUUUUUAAUUUCUCUGUUUUUAAAAAUCGACAAUGCAACAGAAUUAAUUUAUAUCCCACGGCUAUAUAAAACAACACUACCUUCCAUCAUAAUAGGCAUUCGCUUCGAUCGAUAUAAUUCAUAUACAACUAUUAAGAACAUGUGCCACUGAAAAAUAUGUAUAUUAUGUAUGAGAGGUUCACCAAAAAGACCAUUGUGGCAUUCCAGAUAUUAAUUGUCCUUGACUUCCCUAUUUUACUGUGAAACGCAGUUUUAUUAAUAAAAAAAGGAGAAGUAUGUAUGGAAGACAUCAGUUGAUCUGCAGCUUUCAAGACAUUAAAAAUUAACAACAACCUACGAUAAUUAAUGAGUAUAGGACAGAUGAACUACUAAACUUAAUAAUUAAUUUAUAACAGGAAGAGUCCAAAACGUUGAAUGAAUCAAAUAAAAUAUUCUGUUGCUGUUGAUUAUUUUUAAAAAAGAAGUUAGAUAAAAGUUAACCCACGCUUAGGAAGUCUUAAUACCUAAUAAAAAAAAAUAAUUUUCAUUCUAGUUGAUUUUUGUUGUUUUAUUAAAAUUAUUUUAUCAUUAUGCAUAUUUCCCGCGAACUAUUAUGGUUGAACUAAGUAUCGUCACUGUAAAUUGCAAAGUGCGUAACUCCAUUUAAGGAAAAUUCUACAGUAGAGCCAAAAAAGUUAGAAAUAAUUUAAUUUGGAUGAAUAAAAAAAAGCAUUUCUUAGUUGCUACUACACAUAUGGAGUUAUAAUCUGCAUUCCAGAAAAAAGUGAAAUUACGCAUUUUGCGAUUUACAUUGACUGUAUGUAGUAACGUUAGGUUUCUUUGAAAUUUAUUUAAUUAUAG